CUCCCGAGCUCCCAUUGGUCGGUUUCCAAAGGUUUCCUUCAGAACUGCAAGACGCCGAUAUUGCAUUACAUUGUGGCAAAAUGGCGGCUGUCAUUCAGAAUCCACUAAAAGCGUUGGGCGACCAGUUCUAUAAGGAGGCCAUCGAGCAGUGCCGCAGCUACAAUGCCCGCCUGUGCGCUGAACGCAGUGUGCGUUUGCCGUUCCUGGACUCUCAGACCGGCGUGGCACAGAACAACUGCUACAUCUGGAUGGAACGCCAUCAUCGCAGCCCAGGGGUGGCGUCCGGGCAGAUGUACACGUAUCCGGCCCGUUGCUGGAGAAAGAAGAGACGACUCCACACCACCACUGAUCCCAGUCUGGGUAUCUUCGGUCUCCAGCUUGACAACGGCCUCAUGUCCAAAGACGCGUUGCCCACCCAGGGCACAACACUGGAAGCUCUGCUACGAGGCGAAGGUCUAGACAAGAGGAACUCUAGGAACGAUGAGGAGAGUUUGUUGGAGAUCCAGAGGGUUCUGGAAGCCGAUGCAGCAGAAGAUGCUUUCAACGAUGAUGACGACUUUGAGGUGGACACUCCCAAAAGGAGACACCGGGGCAAAGGAAGAGGUCGGGGUUCAGGCCGCAGGAGGGCAGAUCUAGAUGAUGAUAAGCCAUACGUCUGUGACAACAGAUACAAACAAAGGAAUAACAACAAGUCUUCAGCCUCGGUCUACGCAAAGCGUUACAGAAGCCGUCCCGGUCUGAGUUACCACUAUACUCACCCCCACCUAGCAGAGGAAGACCGAGUCGGGGAGAGGAGUUCCGUAGCGUCCAGGUCUCCCGCUGUGCAGCCUACCGACCGCCACAAACGCCCAAAGGCUCCAGUUGGGACCAGGAUUCCUAAUAGCUACUGUGAGAAAUGUCAUAACUCCAAUAAGAAAUCCGGGUCUCCCUGCACAACCUGCCAAUGCACAGCUGCUGGCGGAGAGGACAAGGAGGACGGGAAUCAGGGAGGCGCAGAGGAGCUUUUUGCCACCACCUCCGAGAGCGACGCCUCCACCUUUCACGGCUUUGAGGACGACGACAUAGAAGAGCCUACCGCAAACGGCAAUGGAUUAUCCAGCCGACACAGAUAAACAAAACGACACUUCGGUUGUUUGUUUGUUUGUUUUUUUUUUUUUUAAAUCUGGAUUCAUCUCUAGCAAGAAUCUGCUGCUUCUUCCCGCCGCCCCUUUUCCUUUUUAAAAGUUUUUUUGUUUGCAGAAAGCACAAAGUGAUGGCUUCAGGUAAAAAAAAAAAAAAAAAAAAUACGAGUGGUAUUUUAUCUACUGGAUAUUAAUUUAUGGACUUUUAAAAUCUAAAUAUCUAUGAAUUAACUUUGAAGUCAAGUAAUGACUUCCAAAACUUUGAAGGUUUUCCCCUCUGAAGGAACAUUCAUGUUGUGGAGAAAAAAAAAAAAACAAAGAAACACUGGAGCAAUCAAACAUUUGAACAAAUGAACCUUUUAACGUAUGGAAGCUGUUUGAAUGUCACUUGAGACCCUUUACUGGAUUUUAACCAUCCUAACGUUGUGGAACUCCCACUCUGGAUUCUACUUGUACUCUAAACAUGAAGGAACCAAUGAAUGGACUACCAAUGGAACACUCAAUGAAGACUUCUUAUAUAUUUUCCUUUUAAGACCUGAGAAGGUUCUCCAAUGGAAGGAACCCUCAGCAGAGGAGAUCAAGACCAGUAAUCAAGAGGAUUUCAGCCUUCCGGACUAACGAGCCUUCACCCAUUUUCCUCCCGUUUUUUUUUUUUUUUGGUCCUAAAUGUAACUGACAAGGAGCGGACAGAACAACAUCCGCCGCUGUCACAGGGCUUCAAACCAAGCUCCCCUGAUGAUGAGGUGAAGGUGAAGGUGAGGUGAACUCACCUAUUUGGAAUAAGAGCCACGUUCAUGGCGUCCACUGCAGAACUAUGGGAACACUAACGGGCGGGCCUUUGGACUUUGAGGCCUGGAGAGCCCAGUAUUGCCCCCCCCAAACCCGACCCAACCAGCCCUGUCCCUGCUUUGUGUGUGUAUGUGUGUAUGAUGUGAUGUGACACUAAGACGUCAUUACCCUCAUCACUGUGCCAGCCUGCCGCUCUGCACUGCAAACCAGCUCUGACAGCACCCCCGCCCCAACCGCCGCCCCCAACACACAGCCCCCUCAGCCAUAGAGUUGGUGCUCCACUCCACCACUCGUACAUGCACACCUCAACUACUGAUACGGAUGCAUCUUCCUGCUUGUUGCUCUCUUGACCUCCUGGCUCUACUUGUACUAUUUCUAGGAUGUUGGUUUUUUUUGUUUUUUUUCCUAGCAGUCGGGACUAUCGGGAAUUGUUGGAAGCAGACUGAUACCUCUGUUUUACUCAGGCAUCUUUUCCUUCACGCUGCGCUGUUGAUUGUUCAUGCAGAGCAGAAUGGUGUGAUUGUAUCGAGCUGGCAAGGACGGACAAUAACGCCAUGCACGAGCCCCGUGAUGAUGACGCGCCGCCAUUCCCAACCUUUCCCAACCAUUACUAGGAGUUUCAUUGGUCUAAUAGCAUCGUUCUUAAUGUUUCAUGUUGAAGGUAUCAAAAAUGAAGGAUGGGCUUAUUUAAUUUUAGACUGUGUUGACUAAUUCAAAAUGAUGUACAACAGCGCCUCUGCUGGUUACAGCCAAGUAGUGCACUCCAUUUUGGCUUUUAAUUUCACCUUUUUU